AUGUGGUUUCGUUGUAAGGAGAUUAUAUUAAGAAAGUGUAAAAACUAUGGUUCGAAGAUAAAUAAGAGUGAAGGAAUUUCAUACCAUACAUUUCCGAGUGAUGAUUUUACAAAACAUAAAUUGGUCAGCAUAGUUCAGGCGGAAAGAAGUGAACAUGACUGGAUGCCUACAAAAAGUAGUACAAUUUGUUCUGCACAUUUUAAUCAUGAAGACAAAUAUACGACUUCGAAAGGAUACCUGCGUCUAAAAAAAACUGCAAUACCUGUGAUAGCCUCGGACAAUGAUGAUGUUCCGAAAUUUGGCUCACCUACCAGUCUGGACCAUGUAAAUAUAUCCGACAUCGAUUCCGUGUUCGACACUCCUAGAAAAGCAACGCUUAAGAAGAGAGUUCGUAAAUUAGUUGUUGAAAAAAAAUGUUACAGAAAAAGAAUAAUUUUCUUAAAAUUCAAAAUAACAGAUUAA